AUGUUUACAAACAGCAGCGUCAAGUCUGUCCUCCUCUACGGCUCUAAGACCUGGAGAGGCACCAACACUCUGACCAACAAGAUUCAAGUCUUCAUUGACAGGUGCCUCCGAAACAUCCUAAAGGUCAGAUGGACAGACAAAGUCAAGAACACCGACAUAUGGAAACAGGCAAACCAGGAUCCCAUCGGACAACAGAUCGCAAGGCAGAAAUGGAGAUGGAUUGGUCACACCUUGCGAAAACCUCCAGAAGACAUCACCCGGCAGGCCUUACAGUGGAAUCCCCAGGGCAAAAGACGAGUCGGCCGCCCUAAGACCACAUGGAGGCGAUCCUGUGAGGAAGAAAUGAAGAACUGUAAAGUGUCAUGGGGAGAGCUAAAGAAAGCAGCCCAAAACAGAGUACGCUGGAGGACUGUUGUCGAUGACCUAUGUUCCACAAGGAUCCCAAGGGAAUAA